CCACGUCCGUGCUGUGUGCUCACAGAUGAUUCUCUCAAAGAGCAUUUGGAUGAGAAAAGGACGUUGUUUUGGAAGCAGCGAGCUGAAUAGCCUAUAUAGACAGUGUUUUUGCAUUGGAAAAAGGAUUAACUUUUUGCAAGCUGGGGGAUAACAUUGAUUACGAAAUGAUAUUUAUGCAUUUCCCAAGCUAGCACCGGCGGGCUGUUAUAUUGUAGGCUAGGCUACACUAACUACAAUAAUUGUAUGGCACACUUUAAAGUAUUUCUUUGAGUUCAGUUUUGGGUAUACAAGAACAAAACACACAAUCUCAAAGGAACGGGAGAAAGUCAGUGAGCCCUGAAGUUUAUUAUGGACUACGAAAGACCGAACGUAGAAACCAUCAAGUGUGUAGUAGUCGGAGACAACGCCGUGGGGAAGACUCGACUCAUUUGCGCCCGAGCAUGCAACACAACCCUGACCCAGUAUCAACUCCUGGCAACCCAUGUACCAACCGUCUGGGCUAUUGAUCAGUACCGGGUCUGCCAAGAGGUCUUAGAGCGUUCUCGUGAUGUCGUGGACGAAGUUAGCGUGUCUCUCAGGCUGUGGGACACUUUUGGGGACCACCAUAAAGACAGACGCUUCGCAUAUGGAAGGUCUGACGUGGUGGUGUUGUGCUUCUCCAUCGCCAACCCCAACUCCCUCCAUCACGUCAAGACCAUGUGGUACCUGGAGAUCAAGCACUUCUGCCCGCGGACACCAGUCAUCCUUGUGGGAUGCCAACUCGACCUGCGGUAUGCUGACCUGGAGGCUGUCAAUCGAGCCAGGCGGCCAUUAGCGAGGCCUAUAAAACCCAGUGAUAUCCUACCACCCGAAAGUGGCAGGGAGGUUGCCAAAGAGCUUGGCAUUCCCUACUAUGAGACAAGUGUCUUCGAUCAGUUUGGCAUCAAGGACAUUUUCGACAAUGCAAUUCGAGCCGCCCUCAUCUCCAGAAGGCACCUGCAGUUCUGGAAGUCACACCUGAGGAGGGUGCAGAAACCACUGCUGCAGGCCCCGUUCCUGCCUCCCAAGGCUCCCCCGCCCCUCAUAAAAAUCCCAGAAUGCCCUCCGAACAACCGAGAUGGUCCACGGCAGCUGCUGGAGAGUCCGCUGUGCGCCGAUGUGAUGUUCAUCCUGCAGGACCACAUCCACAUCUUCGCCCACAAGAUCUACCUCUCUACCUCAUCCUCCAAAUUCUACGACCUCUUCCAGAUGGACAUCUCAGACGAGUCCCAGUGCUUGGUGGUGACUGAGCGGCAGGGGAGGGACCACCUGAUGCGGACCCUCAGCCUGGACACGGAGGAGGACGCUGACGUCCUGCACACUCUCUCGCCCUGCUCCCUCAGGGCAUCCAAGAGCGACGGCACACUGAAGAUGAUGAGCUUCAGUGGGAAGCACCGGAGGACCAAGCUGUCCCUGGCCUCCUGGAGCAAGGCCUUCUACAGCAUCCACAAAGAGACGGUCACCAACCCUGUGACCGCCACGCCGGCAUCCAUGACCGUGGUGAAGAUGGACUACUCCAUCCAGCUGGGUCCCUUCAGCGCGGUCCUCCGCUUCCUCUACACGGGGGAGCUGGACGAGAGGGAGAAGGACUUGAUGAAGAUUGCGCAGAUUGCUGAAAUACUUGAAAUCUUUGACUUGAGGAUGAUGGUUGAGAACAUCAUGAACAAAGAGGCUUUCAUGAAUCAGGAAAUCACAAAAGCAUUUUACGUUCGAAAAGCAAACAGAAUUAAAGAAUGUCUGGCCAAGGACACCUUUACAGAUGUCAUAUUCAGAUUGGAUGAUGGAACCAUCAAUGCCCAUAAGCCUUUGCUGAUAUCCAGCUGUGACUGGAUGGCUGCUUUGUUUGGCGGGUCUUUCUUGGAGAGCGCAAACAACGAGGUGUCCUUCCCCAACACAAGUAGGGCGUGCCUGCAAGCAGUACUGGAGUACCUGUACACCAAUCAGCUCUGCCCUAUGGCUGACCUUGACCCACUGGAAUUAAUUGCUCUGGCCAACAGACUGUGCCUUCCCCGACUGGUGGCUCUAACAGAACAAUAUGCUGUGAGUGAGCUGGUGAAAGCUUCAAAAGAGGGACAGGACACAGAUGGAGAAGUCCUCACAUACCUUGAACUGGCUCAGUUCCAUAAUGCUAACCAGUUAGCUGCUUGGUGCUUACAUCAUAUCUGCACUCAUUACAACAGUGUCUGUGCCAAUUACCGCAAGGAAAUCAAAUCUAAAUCAGCAGAGAAUCAGGAGUACUUUGAGAAGCACCGCUGGCCUCCGGUGUGGUACCUGAAGGAGGAAGACCACUACCAGCGCGUGAGGAAGGAGAGGGAGAAGGAGGACGUCGUCCACAGCAAGCACCACUCCAGACGUAGGUGGUGUUUCUGGAGCACAUCUGCCGUGGUGGUCUGAGCAGCCCCCCACCCCCCUGUGACAGGGAACCAUGGCAACCGCCGCGGUGAAGUGUUGCUCACUCCCCCCCUCCUGUAUUUCUGUCUUAAUCUCCAGAGGACAUACAGUAUCUAUCAAUGCACUGACUUUCAUUUUUUGUCUUUAAAAAAAAAAAACUAAAUUGUGGGUCGUUACUGCACUUCUGUGGUCCGAAGCACAACCUGUGUGCACGAGCAACACGUCGCCAUCGGGGAAGGAGGGGUCAUCAUUGGAAAUUGUUUUUUUUAAGUGGCUUAACUCCCAUUGCUUAACACACCAACGAAUGGAAAUUGUAUCCGUUUAUUGUACCAGUGCUUUUCGUGACUGUAGGUUCUGUGGCUUGCCAAACAGCACCUGGCUCAAACCACAGUCUGGGCAUAAAGCCAUUUGCCAGCAAAUGUAUGUAAAAAAUGGGAGUUUUUCCACAAUUAUUUGUGAAUAAGACAUACCAAAUACUGUUACAAGCUGCUUAGGUUUUCUGUUUCAUGUAGAUGCCAUUGUCUUUUACAUCCACAAAGUGAUUUAAGUGCUAAAGUACUCAUUGUAAUAGCAGUACUAGUAAGAAAUGUGUGCUAUAAUGGCUCAUGAACCACCACAAGACUCACAGGCACGAUGACCCAGUUUCCAAGUGUGCUUUGAUUUGAAUGUUAUUUUGUCACUUCUGACAUUGAAUAUUUGGGCACAAAGCUCACCGUCGUAAAGUCUGUGUUUGCUGUAAGUGUGUAACCACAUUGGUGUAACGUGUUAAAUAUUAGAUUGCUGAAGUUUAACAGCAGUCACCAACCCUUAGAUGGUAUAAAUCAGCAUUAAUGCAAUAACUUUUUGCCUGGAGGAAAUGAAGUCUUGUCAGACAAGUAGGUCAUCAGCCUACCAAGUGUCAACAGACUUCACCCAGAAAUGGAAAUAUACUAGUCUUGCUCCAGAUAAGAAAUUAUUUUUGUACAACUUCUCUAUAUUCUUUGUUGUUGCACAGUAUUAACCUAUGUGGUUCAAGAGUUAUCUCCUAUGGUAAUUAGAAGGGCUUAGUACUAUGAAUUAGUUCAGGGUUUAGUCAUGGACAUUAACUUCACAACACAACCUAUAUCUGCGACUGGCAUAAUAUAUUAUUGUUACUAUUGCCCUAGUAGGUGUUACUUAGUUUGUAACACGAGUUGAUUUACUUGGAAUAAAUAACAUAUCAGCCAAUAUCAAAUCCAUUAAGAGUGUUCUACGUAGAUAUUGCCGAAGGGAAUUACAGCUUUCAAGCUUUCAGCAUAGGAUGAAAAAUUAGAGGAUGAUAAUUUCUGCCUGUGUCAUUGUAGACCAGUAUAUAAAGAAGCUGUGCAGUACUGUGCUGUACUGUAGGUGUUUGUGUUUGUACCUCCAAUGUAUGAGCCCCCUGGAGAUAUGGUCAUGUGAUCCAGUUGGGAAAAUGUAAGCGGGUUUGAACCUGCCCAUCAGAAAGGGGAAAUACUUGAAAAAGUGUUUAAUUUUCUAUUCGUAGAGUAGAUUUACUUAAGUUAACCGAAAUGGUACGUAGACCGUCACACUUAUUAGAUACCAUGCAAUUGUUAUUUAUUGGCGAAUUUGCUAAAUUUCUUCAUCAGCUGCUAAAAAAAAAGAAAACCAAGUGGCUGGUUCAUUUGGUUCCUGCUGUCAAAGGCCUUUGAUCUUGCUGGUAAUUAUCCUUAAAGCUGUUUGUUUAUUUAUUUAUUUUUUAAAGGGAAUACUGUUAAAUAAAUUAUUGAUUUUACCUAA